AUGCCAUCUGUUAAUCAUCGGCGCUGGCCCGGCAGGUCUGAUGGCCGCCUGCUGGGCCUCGCGUUUCCUGUAGCGGACAUUCGCCAGUCCUGCGCAAUCCAGUGCCCUGAUAAUGGCAGCAUCAUGACAGCGCCGCGGGAAAAUCGCCUGGUCAGACGGUACAUCCAGGUGAAGGGCGAUAAACAGCUCGAACAAACGGCACAGGACCACUCAGAGGACACGCCCAGAGCACUCAUUAAGGCCGCAGAAAGAAUUUUCCUUGCGGGUGAUGCUGCCCACACCCACUCUCCCAAAGCUGGUCAAGGCAUGAAUGUGUCGAUGCAAGAUACCUAUAAUCUCGUCUGGAAGCUCGGAUCAGUCAUCACGGGAGCGGCAGACCCCAUCAUUCUCGACACAUACGAGUCCGAACGACGGCCAGUCGCUGAGGAACACAUGAAGAUCGAUUCCGUCCUCGUCCAUGCGUAUGAGCAGGAGGCCAAGGACGCGGAAGGAGUCGAUCAGGUCCGAGACGAGUAUGCCGGUUUCAUGGCUGGUGUGAAAAUCACAUAUGCUCCAAACAUGCUCGUUGCUAGCAACGAAAAGAGCGGAGAUAGAGCGCUUGCGAAGAAUAUCGCAGUCGGUAUGCGUAUACAGUCGUUCCCGGUGGUCAACCAAGCCGACGGCUCAACCAUCCCCCUAUUGAACGUCCUGCCGAGCAACGGUUGGUGGCGGCUGAUUGUUUUCUCUGGCGACUUGCGACGGCCAGGUGUGUGGGAACGACUGACUUCGUUUGCUGAAACCUUCAGUAACGCUCCCACUUGGCACAUCGUCACCAGACUCAGAACUCAGGAAGGCGCGGCCCUCCACUCGAAACUCUCCUGGUACAUGCGAGUCCGAGAACGAGCAUCAACCUCCUGGAUCUCCCGGAUAUCUUUCAUCCAUUUGAUGACGAGUGGGGUGGGACUACUGGAAGACAUUUGCUGA